GGAAAAAAGCGGAGGGGAGGAGAAAGGAAAAGGCAGCGGCGGCAGCAGCAGCAGCACCAGCAGCAGCAGAGCCCACCGAGGAGUACGUGAACCCACCGGAGGAGCAGAGGAGUGCACUGCUGCUUCAGUGGACGAAGAAGGCGCUGCGGACUACCAACAUGGACCUGCAGCAUCCUGGUGUUUCUCAAAAGUCAUAGUUUUCUGAUCUGCAACUGAGUCUUCAGAGCUCCAAGCGGCGAGCGGUGCCGAUCAGUGACUUCAUACCCAACAGGUCCUCUGUCUCGUGUCACAAUGAUGUCAGUGGAUGUGACCAAUCGCAACGGCCCCGCUGCCACGCCUCCCACCUCUCUCAGCCUCCGCUCUUCACACAACCAGCUGCUCAGCGGCGACGUCAUCAAGCAAGGCUCGGCCACGCCACCCAAGUGUCGCAAAAAGUACGCGCUCACGAGCAUCCAGGCCGCCAUGGGCCUCGGAGAAAUCGCGCCACCUUCAGCAUCGCUGUCUUCGCCCCCGUCGCAGCCUGCAGCCCCCAACAACCCCAAGCUGGCCAAGAACGGGGCCAACCAGCUGCGUAAAGCCGGUCAGGACCACAAUAAAAACACAACCGACCCCGACCCGACAGACCCCGAGUGCAAUCCGGAGCCUAUUUCCGACGAUCCCAAUGUUAACACGGUAGAAGAGCAAGACAGCCACUCUCUGACGAACAACGACCGAGAGGAGGAUGUGUUGUUUGAGCUGGACGGUGAGCAGCGGCCGGGUUCUGCCAGCGACGCCGAGUCGGAGCAGAAAACGGAAUCGGAUGCAGAUUGUAACAUUAACUGGACGGGCGAGACUAAGCUGAACGGCAAUACGGCAGAUUUAGACUUUGACUUGAGUGUUGAGGCGGAGGAGCCCGACGACAUAAGCAUUCUGUCCGAAAAGGAAAUCCCAUCGAAGAUGAAGAUGGAGGAAGACGAGGUGGUGGAGGAGCUGGAGGAUGAGGAGCAGGAGGAGGAGGAGGAGGAGGAGAAGAAGCCUUUGCUGAUGCUGAACCCCAAUUCUCCCGUGAAGGAUUGCAAAGUCUCUUCAGGUUCUGAGAUCAUCUCCGAACUCCAGUCCAACCUCGCGCUCCUCCAAUCAGAAAAGAACUCCGAGGUUCGUCCCCCGCUCUCCCCGCCAAGGCAAGGCAGUCCAGAAGACACCCGCCUGCUCUCUGCUGCCUCCUGCCCCUCCUCUUCCUCCUCCUCUCCAGAGACAAAGAAGGACCGGAGGACUGGAGCAAAGACGGACUGUGCGUUGAACCGCAUCCAGAAUCUGAACCCCAGUGACGAAGAGCUGAGCUGGACUACCCUGUCCCAGGACAGCAACUCCCCAGAGGAGACAGAUAUCUGGAGUGAGCAGUCGUUCCAGACUGAUCCCGACUUGCCCCCAGGAUGGAAGAAGAUCACAGACAUGGCCGGUAUCUACUACUGGCAUAUUCCUACAGGCACCACCCAGUGGGAGCGGCCCUCUGCCCGUCCACCUCCAGCUGGGCAAAACGAGGCCCCGGCCCUGACUGACCCCACGGCCCCCGUGCCGCGUAAACACUCCCAGGGCUCCCCGAGCCCCCUGACCACUCCCGACCACGAGUCAUGCCAGGCGGAGAUCUUCUUCAGGGCGUCGACUCGUUCGGGAAGCACGACCUCCGACAGCUCAGUGGAGCCGCUGUCCAGUCAUGAGUCCACUUUCCCUACAUGUGGAUUUGUCAACAGCUGCUACUUUCCUCGUUCCACGUCCUUACAGGAGACGCCCGAUCAAGAAAAUCGUUCACAAUAUCAUGAAGAUGAAGACAAGAAGCAGGUGUGGAGUGAAUUUGGAGGAAAAAUUGAUAGUGAAGUGUGGAAGGACCUGCAGGCGGCCACCGUGAACCCUGACCCCAGUCUGAAGGAGUUUGAGGGCGCCACACUUCGCUACGCUUCUCUCAAGCUCAGGAAUCGUCCAACCGCAGAGGAAAAUGAGUCCUGCAAUGUAAACAGUGACCCAGAAGCUAAGUGUUUUGCGGUGCGCUCUUUGGGUUGGGUGGAGAUGGCCGAGGAGGACCUGGCCCCCGGGAAGAGCAGCGUAGCCGUCAACAACUGCAUCCGACAGCUGUCCUACUGCAAGAACGACAUACGGGACACCGUCGGCAUCUGGGGCGAGGGGAAGGAUAUGUACCUGGUGCUGGAGAACAACAUGUUGAACCUGGUCGACCCAAUGGACCGCAGCGUGCUUCAUUCCCAGCCCAUUGCCAGUAUCCGGGUCUGGGGUGUUGGCCGGGACAAUGGCAGAGAGAGGGACUUUGCAUACGUGGCGCGGGACAAAAACACCAGGAUCCUGAAAUGUCAUGUGUUCCGCUGUGACACGCCGGCCAAAGCCAUCGCCACAAGCCUGCACGAGAUCUGCUCCAGGAUAAUGACGGAGCGAAAGAAUGCCAAAGCCAUGGCAGGAGGUUCACUCCAGGACAGGAUGCAGGCAGGACUGGACCUCCCUUUACAAGAGUUUCCGACACCAAAGACGGAGCUGGUUCAGAAGUUUCAGGUCCUCUACCUGGGCAUGAUGCCCGUGGCCAGACCAAUAGGCAUGGACAUACUGAACGGAGCCAUUGACAGUCUGAUUGGCUCUUCCAACAGAGAAGACUGGACUCCUGUGGCCCUUAAUGUGGCAGAUGCCACUGUGACCAUCAGCAAAGACAAGGAUGAAGAGGAGGUGAUGGUGGAGUGCCGCGUUCGCUUCCUGUCUUUCAUGGGCGUCGGCCAUGACGUGCGCUCGUUUGCCUUCAUCAUGGACGCUGGCGGCCAUCGCUUCGACUGCCACGUCUUCUGGUGUGAGCCCAAUGCCGGAAGCGUGUCCGAAGCCGUGCAGGCAGCUUGCAUGCUGCGGUAUCAGAAGUGUCUGGUGGCCCGGCCGCCCUCCCAGAAGGCCUGCAGCUCGUCGCCCCCCGGAGACUCCGUGUCCCGUCGGGUAUCGACCAGCGUGAAGCGAGGCGUCCUGUCUCUCAUCGACACCCUCAAACAGAAGAGACCCGUCACAGAGCUGCCGCAGUAACGGCGGCGAGCCGGUACGGGCUUCCCAACACGCCUCUCGGUCACCACGGAAACAUCACCGCUUCGCCGCCAAGACCCCCGUCUCCAUCACAGACUCCAGCAGCGGUAGAAAAAGCUACAGGCUUGGUGGAGUUUCCAGUGGCUUUUAUUUUUUAUUCUUUUUAAAAAUUUUUUUGGAAGCAACUCUUUAAGCGUUUUUCAGUCGAGUAGCUGUUAAAAAAGAAAAAAAAAAAAAAACACGAUUCCGAAUCAAGCAGGAGCAUCCAAGAUAGUCGUGUACAUGACUCUCAUUUCCGUCAGUAGCGGCGCGAGGAGAAGAGGGAAGAAGCAAGGAGGCGCUCCUUCAAGCACAGCACGCGUGCCAUGACCGAGCUCAUCGCCGACCAAAACGCUCAUCUCUACAUGCUUUCUGUGUACCUGUGUCCGCGCCCUGUCAGCAUGAAGCUCCACACAGGGCCACGCUCCCCUGUCAUCGUUUUAGUCUGUAGUGGCUCUUCUCCCUCUCGUCGUCCUUUUAGUAAAUCUAAACGUCAGAACAAAACAAAGGCAGAGAGAGAGAGAGAGAACGAGCGAGAAAAGCCAUCGUGUUCUUGUUCCUGGAUGAACAAAGGAAGCUGCUACGGACUUGAGAGAUUCCAGUGCAACCUGUUCAGCUGAGUGUGCAUGAAGUUGCUUUUUUUUGUUUGUUUUGUUUUUUGUUUGUUUUUAAUCUAAAUGUGAACCAUUCGAAACAAUGUGGAAACAGUGCUGCUGCUUUCAGAGACAGGAGGAGGAAAAUCAGAAGGCUGCAUAUUUUUUGGCCUUGGGACGAGCGGUGACUCGUCACCUGAAUCAUCCUUCAUAUCCUUCCUGUUUACGUGUUUUUCUUUAUUUUUCUUCUUUCUGGUUAUCUUUUAAGAAAUUACAGAUAAUAGCCAUAUCAGAGGAAGAGCUGUGGGACAGUUUUCCCCUCACUGGUAUUCAGUGCUAGACUUGCUGCUUCAAACACAGGAGAGAGACAUCAGCAUGCUGGAGGGAAAUCUGAUAGUUUCUCUUCAAUCCCACCUCACUCUCUGGAGACGCUUGGUCCUCUAAUAAAGGUGGAUCACCUGGGGGAAGAAAAAGGAGACUUUAGGAAUGUUUUUUUUCUAUCUCUGUAGGAUUGUUUGUGUUCAGCCUUCGGUUUUCAAAGGAAAACCUAUCAGAACGUUGGAGGGGCUCAAACCGAGCAGGACUUUCUGGCGCUGCUAUCCGUUUUCAAGGUUCUUCCACACGCCAGAGUGCUUUUGUUUAAGAAAAUCUUCUUUUCAAUUUGUUUUCACCAGUGCCAUGGAUCUGUUUUAAAAAAAAA